GCCCGUGUUCUAGUUGAUAAUAAGGAUGAACUGGGAAAAGGAAGUCUAUUCUAUUAUCUUCGCCAUGCCUUAAAACUUUUACCUAAUGAUAUAGGAAUUUUUGCUGUUUUUACGGAUACAAUUUCAAAUAUUUCGAACUUCUCACCUGCUUCCAAACAUGAUCAGUCACCGAGAGUCGCUACUGGAAGAGCUGAAUUAUUUAAACCGUUUUAUUUGAUAGACACUGUAGACAUAAACGUUGAUCAUAAAAAAGCAUCAACAUUGAAAGAUUCUGAAUGUCCACAAUCUUUCUUUAUGUAUGGAAGGCCCUUAUGGAGUUCACUAACAUUGUCUCCGUUUGAUAAUGUUAAAGGAUUCGAACCGCAUGAUAUUAUCAAUUUGGCCAUGGAGAAGCUUGUCGGUGGAAUGGCUUACACUUGGUGGAAAAAGGAAUAUAAAAAUAAAAUCAGCUCCGUGGAAUCAUUGGCCAUCUUAGGACCCCGUUUAUGUAUAGACAUAGUACCACAGUCUGAAUAUGCAUCCGAUUUGGUGUCAAGCUAUAUGCGCCUUUGUCUUAAGAUCUCAGAUGAUCGUAAAAGCAUUAUUACAUCUAUGCCUACUGAACCUGUGCUGGCAGAAGCGUCUGCUCAAAUAAUGAAUGAUCCAGACAUUAAUCUUAUAGAACUUAUUAAUUCACUUACCUCAGCGCUUAAAAACGGUGCAGUAGAAGGCGGAUAUCGUGGAGAGCUUGUUGCCAGAUUAUUAUUGCUUAAAGCAUGGGAUGAUGUUUACGAGAAAUUGGAUGUACCUUCUACUAGAAUUCAUUAUUCUCGUUUUAUAACUUUAAGUGAAUUUUUAAAAUCGUUGCUAGCAGAUAAUGCGUAUAAAAAGAUAGCACUUCGCCUUCAAGAGCGGGUAUCGUUUACGGGAACAGAAUUUGGACAAGCUUAUAUAAAGUUUACACAUUUUAUCAGUAUCACCUAUACUCCGGAUAGGAAAGAUCUCCUGGACGCUCUGAUCCGCGGGGUCGCAUUUUCAUGUAAACGAAAUCAGGAGGGAGCAGAUAUUAUUAUACCUAUGUAUAUAGGCGCUCUUAAUGAAGAACCUAGCACGGAUCGUAUUUCAUACAUACUAAUCCAAGUUAAAAAUUGGGCCAAAAACAUAAAAGGUGGUGAUUAUCCACUCUCUGCAACAGUUUCGUUGUCACCAGCAAGCGUGGGUAUCGAACAACUUCCGCAUAUGCCAUUUUUAUCAUUGUAUAUGCAGUUGGGAUCGUCAAAGGGGUUUUCUGAAGAUCCAUCAGGAACAGUUGAAACCAAAGGGGCAGUUAAGCGUAAACAUAAGAUUGAUGAAGUUUUGCAAGAUUAUAAUACAGAUUGUGAUGAUACGAGGGAUAGAUUUCUUAAAAGGAUCAGAACUAAGCUAAGCGAAGAUACUUCAGAUGUUAAAAAAGAGCCCAAUAAGGAUGUUUUAGAUGAUGCUUCAGAUGCUGAAAUUGUGACAUUCCAGAGAUAUUUUCAAAUACCGCUUGCAGUAUUUGGAUUGUCAUCAGAAGUUUACGGCUGUUUAGAACAGGCUACAACUCAUACUUCGGUUAUUGGAGGGGAUCUCAAAAGUAGCUUUAAACAAUUAUUGACCGCUUGGGUUGACCCUACGUUGGGGGGGAAUUCCGAAGAAGUUGAAAUAGUUAAACGCAUGGAACCAAUG